AUUGGCAUUGUCUCGCACAACGCUACCCCAGAUUCAUGUAUGCAUUAAACAUGGGCGGCGUAACGUAUUUCAUUUGUGGGAACCAAGGGGUGUAACGUAUUUCAUCUGUCGGAGCCACUUGUGCGAUAUCCACCAAGUGUCAAUUUCUGAUGCCAAUGUCGAGGUGGAGUUGUUCCUUAUGCCGACCACGACCCGCUACCCCCGGGCACCGCCGGUCCCCCUCGACCUGGGGGAUAUAAAGAAGACUCAGAGGAGGGUGGCUGCUUUGCUGAGUGGGGCCACUCCAAGGGGUGGAAUAGGGGCUGCAGUUCAUCGCAAGCAUAUACCUCACAGCUUUUGCUAUGUAUGCAGUCGACUGGGUCCCGAUGGCCGAUAUAUGGGUAAUCCCUACAGGUACCUGUUUGGAAAGGGGUACCUCCAGCGUUGUGAGCACUCGCCUCCGGCCCCCCACCCCACAAUGUUGGCUUUCUCCCCUCCAAACACACCCGCGUCCGAAGACGGGAGGUUCUUUGAUACGGCCGUCCUCAACAAGGAUACGUUGCCUAGAGGAAACAAGAACAGGUUUCAGCUUCCUCCGAUGUUCGAAAAAGAUAAACAGAUACAUGGAGAAGAUGGAAGGUUUCUUCCUCUUGUCAGCGAAAAUACGUUCCUCACUACAAAUCCUCCGGUGUCCAAAGAAAGGAAGAGGGCAGCGGAGGGGAGACUGAGCCUUCCGUCCUUGACAAAUGAGAAGAGAUCGAUGAUUGGUCGGAAUGGUGAACUUGGUGGUAGGUCAAGGUCAUUGUCCCAAGAUGGCAGCGGAGUGUUGAAUCGAAACGGUUCGUAUACCUUAGGAGAUGGUAACCAUUACGAUAGACGAGGAAGUGAUACAAAAAGUAGAAAUGGGGAUGAAAGAAGGAAAAAGAAACCCAAAGAAGCAUUCACACAUCCUUCUGGUAUCGAACUCUGGGGAGAGGAAGACCAAAUGACUGGGGGAACCAUCAAAUACAAACACGGGAAGAAAGACGACUGGGCCAAAUAUGCAGGUCAGUCCAGUCCAUUCAAAGAAAAUAUACGAGAAAAUUCUAACUCCAGAGAUCUUUCGUUUGAGUUUCAUCGCAGAGGAACAUUCAGCCUCUCCCCACCAGGACCACUUUCCAUAUCAAGGGAGACCACUCUGACGACUCCGGACUCGUUUCUGUUUUUAAGGAUAAAUUCAGCUAAUUGGUGCGAGUGUCCCGAUGUUGAUACUGCGUUGCUAAGGUGUAAGGAGUGUUUCCAGACGGGAGGACAUGAAAAAUGGUGUGUGUCUAAAAUGGGACUGUGCCCCCAGUGUGGCAAACCUGUUAGACGGAAGCAUGCCCAUGGUCGUCUCGAUCGACAUAGGACCAACACGCCUUUACCAUCACCAGAUAAAACAGCCACAGAUCUAUCCAGUACUUCCCACAACAGGCGAGAGUGUUCCAGCAAGCGGAAGGAUGGCGACCACAAAGUCCGAUUCAGCGAACAGAACACUUUUGUGAAGGAGAAUAAAAAGGACCAGGGCGGAAUUCUUAAGCACGACACAGAUGUUAAGACGCUAAGUUACAGGGAGAAAUUGGAAAUAACUAUGAAAACGAAACAGAGGAAUAAACAUAAUCCUGCCUUACCAAAAGUCGACCCAAACGUCCACAAACAGGCUUACAUGUUGGCACUUGCUGACGCAAGGAUAAAGAAAAUGAAGAGAGACCCUUGGGCGUUGGAGAACUCGAACAAGCGGCCUUAUUUUUCUUAUUUCCCUCUAUACAAACACCCAGGGUAUAAACCACCACAAAACCUACAGUUGGGCAUUCGGAAAGAGGAUGAGUCGAAAAAAGUGAAAAUAAAAAAGGGCAUGAAACACAUCCUUGGCGACAUCAAGCUGUCGGACUACUACCCACCGACAGGAAGCAAGGGGGUCAGGGAACAGGGGGUAAAGGGGGAGGGGGUCAUAGAGGAGGGGGAUGCGGAGAGCACCAGGCAACUGUGA